AUGACCCGCACAUUCCUCGGAGGCCGGCAGCCCCUCGUCGCUGGACCGGGCGCGUUGGAACCGUGUGCAGCCCUCGCGAUUUGCAGGGAAGAGCCAGUUUUGGACGAGGCCGAGGGUAAGGAGGACGAGGAGUGGUACGGCGAGGAGGAGGAGGAAGAGGAGGAGGAAUUGGCAGAUUUGAGGGCUCAGAUGAGGCAGAUGGAGGAGGAGAAUCAGAGCCUCCGGGAUGAGUUGAGCCAAGAGCAGAUGAGGGUGAAGCAGCUCCAGAAGCUGCAAGUCGAAGCUGCCCAGGCUAGCCACCGAGAGUUCGAGGCCAAGAAGCGAGAGGCUGCCGCUUCGCGUGAGCUGGAGGAGGCGAAAGCCUACGUUUCCAAGAGGCAUGCCUUCGCCUUGAACGAGAAAGCCGAGCUGCUGAAGCAGAUAGCGGACCUCGAGCGCAAGCUGCAAGAAUCUUCGGACCGCGAGUUGGCCCUGCGCCUCGAGGUCCAGGAAGCGAUACAAGCACGGACCUCCAGCAGCACGCAGCAGGAGGACUUCCAGAAGGAAGCUGACCGCUGGCGAAAGGACGCUGCCGAACAGGCCACGCGGGUAAAGGCUGCUGAGCAGCGAGCGCAGCAGCUCGAGCAGCGAAAGCUGGAGGACAAGGCCAAAAUCAAGGCCUUGGCAGAUCAGCUCCAGAACGCUACAGCCGCCGGAUUCGUGGCUGAUGCGAACCAUACCGAUGAGAAGAGGCUGCAGGAGAGCACGAAGUCGAAGGUACUCGAGGCUUCCCCUGCAGCGACGAAAGUCUCUUCGUCGAAGGGGCACAAUUUUCGAGGGAUUGUCAACAAGCCCUUGGAGCCCCGCAAGCCAGCCGCGAGUCGGCCCUGGUACAGGCGGCUCGCUGGGUUCUGCUGCCGACGGGCUUCAUGGGCCGUAGAAAUGGCGCAGGCAUGCCAGAAGCAGGCUGUGGUGGCCAAGCCGCCACAGAAAGCGCCGAAAGGCAAGCGAGCGCCUGCUGAGAAGGCUGUGAAGUCAGCCGGCACCUUUCAGGCGCACCCGGAGCAGGUAGACACCGAGCUGAGGCAACGCGCUGUCCUGGCGCUCCUCGUCGUGUUCAUCGCCUGCCUCGCAGUUCUUGAGGCAAUCCCUUCCUCUCCCAUGUACCCUUGUGAUGUCUUGCUCCAGUGGGUCAUCGUGCCCUCCAACCUUUUGGAGACCCACGGUACCUAUGCUACUGCUUUACGCCUUCACCUGUGGUUUGCUGCGCUGAGUCUGAGCUUCGCUUUGCUGAGGUCCACCUGCAAUCGCUUAGUGGCCGAGCGGACAGAGCUACGCCGGCAUGAGAAGCAUCUCCAAGCGCUGGAAAGCACCCGGGGUCUCGUGGAUGCCAAGCAACCGAAGGAGCACACGCAUCUGCGGAAUAAGCUGAAGACCAGGAAGCUGCAGGAGGACCGUGCUGCAGAAAUUCAGCUCGAGAACCGCAUCCUGCUUCAGAAGAUGUUGAACAUCGACACCAAGCCAUCGCAGAUCAGCGAUGCACAGAUGAGUACCGCCACGCGCCCGCGCAGCCUUCAUGGCGAAUCACAGCGGAGGGAAGCAGGGCGAAUCGCGGCGGAAAACCAGGCUCUGCUGCAGAGACUGCAGAACACCAAGCCCUCGAUCGAUCCGCGUGCAUGGGAUGAGGAGGAGGUCGAUCGACAGGCCCUGAAGUUCCGGCUCUCGCAGAACUCGUCCGCCGGUCGAGUGAUGAAGUUGCGAAUGCCGGGUCCUCAAGUUCCACCGGCCUCCCUGGCUUGA